CAUGGCGAUAACACAAGCAGGCGGGAUGCGGUUGUCUCUCUGGUACUCCUUGUAUCUCGUAGUCCUCGGGGCUUCAGGAAUAAACUCGUCGACUCUUCAUCUUCACCCGGAGCUGCGCUACGUGCCGCUGCAGAACAGAGGAUUUCUCACCAUUGAAACCAGUAAGGAUCUAACAGACGGAGAUGGAGGAGGCGCCGCGGCUCCAGCGCUGCCUCUGGCCGCUCGUAGUGCUCCUCGAGACGCGUCGGGCUCCGGCGACCACCCGGAGCAUCGAAGACGCCGAAGCGCUGCUGAAGCGGCCAUGCCGAAGGUGUACGGCCAGGCCAACCUGAAUGACUCCCAUAACCAGAUGGUGGUCCACUGGGCCGGAGAGAAGAGCAACGUCAUCGUGGCGUUGGCCCGAGACAGCACUGCAGCCACCGGGCCCAAAACCAGUUCUGUCUAUGUGUCCUAUGACUACGGUAUAAGUUUUGUGAUGGUCUCAGACAAGUUCCAGCUUUCAGGGGCCAAAGUAAAGGACAGCAGCAAGCAGUUCAUCUCUCAGUUCUACCACAGUCCUGCAGACAACCGGCGGUACCUUUUUGUAGACUCAACCAACAACUAUCUGUGGAACAGCUUUGACUUCUGUAAGAGUGUCCAGGGCUUCUCUCUUCCCUUCAAACCAACCGACCUGCUGCUUCACUCAAAACGAGCCAACCUGGUGCUCGGCUACGACAGCUUACACCCAAACAAACAGCUGUGGAAAUCAGACGACUUUGGGGAGACGUGGGUGUUGAUCCAGGAGCAUGUGAAGACCUACUUUUGGGGUGUGGAACCUUACGACCCCCCGACCACAGUGCUGGUCCAGAGGCACGAGCCCCAGGGCGUCUCCACCAUCCUCAGCAGCACGGACUUCUUCCAGAGCGAACAGAACCACAAAGUGAUCCUGGAGAAGGUGGACAGUUUCCAGCUCCGGGACAAGUACAUGUUCGCCACCACCACACGGAAAAUGUUUGGGAGCCAUGAAGCUUCAUCUGUCCAACUUUGGGUCUCCUACAACCGUCAGCCAAUGAAAGCAGCCCAGUUUAUGACCCGGCAUCCUAUAACGGAGUAUUACAUCGCCGAUGCGUCUGAAGACCAAGUGUUUGUGUGUGUUAACCACCUGAACAACGUCACACACCUCUACAUCUCAGACACACAGGGUCUGUCAUUCUCUCUGUCGCUUGAAAAUGUGUUGUAUUACAGCCCCGAGGGCUCCGGCAGCAACACGCUCAUCAGGUAUUUUGCCAACGAGCCGUUUGCAGACCUGCACCGCGUGGACGGGCUGCGGGGCAUCUUCAUUGCCACACUCAUCAAUGGCUCGGUCAGCGAGAACAACAUGCGGUCUGUCAUCACUUUUGACAAGGGAGGGACGUGGGAGCUGCUGCAGCCGCCGGCGGCCGACAGCCUGGGUGGAAUUGUGGACUGUCAGCUUAGUAAAGGUUGUUCUCUCCACUUGGCCCAGCGCUGGAGCCAGCUCUUCAACAUCCAGCUGAGGAGGAUGCCCAUUUUAUCCAAGGACUCUGCUCCAGGACUCAUCAUGGCCACAGGAUCUGUAGGCAGGAACUUGGCCAGCAAACCCAAUGUGUAUGUUUCAAGUAGUGCUGGAGGCCGGUGGAAAGAGGCACUGGCAGGUCCUCAUUUCUACACAUGGGGGGACCAUGGUGGGAUCCUGAUGGCCAUCGCGCAGGGAGGCUCCACCAAACUCCUCAAGUUUAGCACCAACGAAGGUGAGACGUGGACCAAUUUUCAGUUCUCAGAGAAGGAGGUGUAUGUUUACCAGCUACUGACGGAGCCCGGAGAGAAGAGCACCAUCUUCACCAUCUUCGGCUCGUAUGCCGGACAGAAACACAGCUGGCUCAUCCUGCAGGUCAACACCUCUGACGUCCUGGGCGUUCCUUGUUCUGAGGCCGACUACAAGCGUUGGUCUCCAUCAGACGAACAUGGUAACGAGUGUCUGUUGGGCAGAGAGAUCACGUUUAAGAGACGAGCUCCUCACGCCACCUGCUUCAACGGAGAAGACUUCGACCGACCUGUCACCAUCUCCAACUGCUCCUGCACGCGGCAGGACUACGAGUGCGACUACGGCUUCAAGCUCAGUGAAGACCUGUCUCUUCAGGUGUGUGUGCCUGACCCAGAGUUCCUGGGUGACCUCUACGCUCCUCCAGUUCCUUGUCCCGUCGGUACCACCUACCGCCGCAGCAAAGGCUACAGGAAGGUGCCGGGCGACAGCUGCAGCGGAGGAGACGUGGAGGCCAGGCUGGAUGGCGAGAUGCUGCCCUGUCCCGUUGGAGAGAGUAACGAGUUCAUCCUGUACGCUGUGAGGAGCUCCAUCCAUCGCUACGACCUGGCCACGGGCACCAACCAGGCCCUGCCGCUGGCCGGCCUUCGGGAAGCCGUGGCCCUGGACUUCGACUACGACAGGAACUGCCUGUACUGGGCCGACAUCUCUCUGGACACCAUACAGCGUCUCUGUCUGAACGGCAGCACAGGUCAGGAGGUCGUGGUGAGGAAAGACCUGCAGAACGUGGAGGCAUUGACCUUUGACCCCAUCAGCAGACUACUCUACUGGGUGGAUGCUGGAGCGCAGAAGAUUGAGGUUUCUAAUCCGGACGGGGACAUGCGCCACACUUUGCUCAACUCCUCCAUCCUGGAACAUCCCCGAGCUCUGGUUCUGCUGCCCGGAGAGAGUCUCAUGUUCUGGACCGACUGGGGGGAUCGAGCAGCCGGUGUUUACCGGAGCUACAUGGACGGUUCCAACGUGAUGUGCAUCGUGUCAGAGGGUGUCCGCUGGCCCAACGGCAUCACGGCAGACGACCACUGGUUGUACUGGACCGAGGCCUACAGCGACCGCAUCGAGAGGGCUGACUUCAGCGGGGGACAGAGGAGCGUCCUCAUGGAGGGACUCCCCCACCCGUACGCCAUCGCCGUCUUCAAGAAUGACCUCUACUGGGACGACUGGUCCAGGAUGGGAAUCUUCAAAGCCCCCAAAGCCGGAUCUCAGAGCAAUGAGCUGAUUGUUGGCAGACUGACCGGAGUCAUGGACCUCAAGAUCUUCUAUAAGGGGAAAAGCAGAGGUCAUAACGCCUGCGCCGACCAGCCCUGCAGCCUGCUGUGUCUGCCUCAGCCGGGCCACCGACACACCUGUGUUUGCCCUGACGGCGCCCCGACCGUGACCAUGCCGAACGGAGAGCUGCAGUGCCAGUGUCCACUCGGCUACCAGCUCCACAACAACACCUGCAUCAAAACCGAGCACAGCUGUUUGCCCAACCAGUACCGCUGCUCCAACGGCCUCUGCAUCAGCAGCAUCUGGAAGUGUGACAGCGACAACGACUGCGGAGACAUGAGCGAUGAGCAGGAGUGUCCCACGACCACCUGUGACCCGUCCAACCAGUUCCGCUGCGUGGCCUCGGGCUCCUGCAUCCCGCUGGUCUUCAAAUGCGACCACGAGGACGACUGUGGAGACAACAGCGACGAGGAGCGUUGUGAAUCUCACCAGUGUGGUCUGGGGGAGUUUACCUGUGCUCGAGGGGUUUGCAUCCGCGAGGCGUGGCGAUGUGACGGAGACAACGACUGCAGGGAUUGGUCGGAUGAAGCCAACUGCACAGUGGGGCACCAUACAUGUGAGCCCAGCAGCUUCCAGUGUCACACUGGUCACUGUAUACCACUGCGCUGGAAGUGUGAUGGUGAUGAUGACUGUCAGGAUAACUCUGAUGAAGAUCCUCAGUAUUGUGAGGGAACUCAGUGUAAAGGCUUCCUCUGCUCCAACAACACCUGCCUGCCGGCCACGGCACACUGCAACGGCAUCCAGGAAUGUCCGGACGGUGCAGAUGAGCACAACUGUGACCCACUGUGUACUCACUACAUGGAGUUUGUCUGUAAGAACCGAGCCCAGUGUCUGUUUCAUUCUCUGGUUUGUGACGGCAUCAAACACUGUGAGGAUGGGUCUGAUGAGGAUGCUGAGUACGCUGGAUGUGCCACUCCGUCUGAAUUUGGUAAAGUGUGUGACGCCUACACCUUCCAGUGUGCCAAUGGAGUGUGUGUGAGCCUGGAGUGGAAGUGUGACGGCAUGGACGAUUGUGGGGAUUACUCUGAUGAAGCCAACUGUGCUGCUCCCACUGAGGUCCCCGGCUGCUCCAGGUACUUCCAGUACGAAUGCAGGAAUGGACGCUGCAUCCCUACGUGGUGGAAGUGUGAUGGAGAGAACGACUGUGGCGACUGGUCUGAUGAGGCUCAGUGUACAGGCGGUGUUACUCCCCACGCUGCGACCCCUGGUCCCACCACGUGUGGCCCCAACCGCUUCCACUGCGGCUCUGGAGCUUGCAUCAUCAACACCUGGGUGUGUGAUGGCUACGCUGACUGUCCUGAUGGCAGCGAUGAGCUCGGAUGUCCAACAGCAAACAGCUCUGUGACUGUGCCACCAGCCACCACCCAGGCUCCUCCUCCUCCGCCUCCACCCCCCGGCCACUGUCGUCGAGAUCAGUUCCUCUGCCGCCGCCCCCCUCGCUGCAUACCUGAGUGGCAGCGCUGUGACGGCCGAGCCCACUGCCAGGACGACUCUGAUGAAGCGAACUGCCCCACUCGUGGACCUCUGGUUUGUGUUAAUGGUACUCGCUGCUCUGACGGUGAAGCCUGCAUCCUGGACAGCGAGAGGUGUGACGGUUUCCUGGACUGUUCCGACCACAGCGACGAGGACAACUGCACCUCAGACACACUGGCCUACAAAGUCCAGAACCUCCAGUGGACUCCAGAUUUCUCAGGUGCCAUCACUCUGACCUGGUCCCGUCCCAAAAACCUUCCAGUGAACUCCUGCUACUUCCUGGUCUACUACAGGCUUGUAGGAACUCAGUCAUGGACCCCUAUGGACACCAACAGCAACAAAACCAGCUACAAACUGAUGGUGCUGAAACCAGACUCCACCUACCAUGUGAAGGUGCUGACUCAGUGCCUCAACAAGCUGCACAAGACCAACGAGGUGAUCACAGUGAGGACGCCAGAGGGAUUGCCUGACCCUCCCAGAAACCUGCAGCUGACUUGUAAUAAUGGUGAAGAAGGGACGGUGGAAGUUUCCUGGAACCCCCCCGACAAGGCCCACGGCCUGAUCAGGGAGUACAUCGUUGAAUACAGCGAGCGUGGAGGUCUGGAGUGGACGUCCCAGAGAUCCACCAGAAACAGCACUGAGGUGAAGGAGCUGCAGCCAGACACUCUGUACAAGUUCAGGGUGGCUGCUGUUACCAGUCGAGGUGUCGGAAACUGGACUGAGAUUAAAUCCAUCACCCCUAAAAAAGCUCUCCCUCCUCCAUCUGUGAAGGACAACAGCAUCACCUCGGACUCCAUCAGCCUGUCGUUCCUCCUCCGCUCCGAGUUCAAUGUGAAACAUUACAUCGUGACUCUGUCCUGGCAGUUUGACACCCACGUCAAGGAGAGCAAGAACUACACAGUCACAGAGGGGGUCCUGAAAGCUACGAACCUGACAGCAGGGACGUUGUAUGAGGUGGCUGUGUGGGCUCACACCAGUAUAGGAGACAGUCCUACCACCCUGUCCCAUUACCGAACCAACGGCACCCAGCCAGAGCGUCCCCUCCUCAAAGCCAAGGCUCUCAACCAGACGGCGGUGGAGUGCAGCUGGACCAUCAAUGGGACCCCUGCACAGGUUUACGGUGUGUUUUAUGCGACAUCUUUCCUGGAUCUGUACCGCAGACCUCAUGAGGUCCACUCCUCUUCUCUCGGCCUCACUGUGACCGUAGACAGUGAUGAACAGUAUCUCUUCUUGGUUCGGAUGGUCUCUCCCUUCCUCGGUCCUCCCUCUGACUAUGCGGUGGUGAAGAUGAUUCCAAACGAGAGGCUUCCACCCAGGAACCUCCAUCGUGUGCUCGUAGACAAAACUCAGGCCACGCUGAAAUGGCAGCCGCCCUACGACACUCCGGACACCCCUCUGACGUAUGCUAUCCAUGUGAGGGAUGUGAUCCGGAAGGUGGAGCGUGACUACAAGUUGACCACUCAGAACAACACUGUGGAGUACGUGCUGAAAGGCCUGGAGCCCGGAGGGAGGUACAGUGUCUCCGUCCGCCUGCGCAACAUGAGCAAGGAGGCUAGCUUCACCCUCAGUACUGCGCCUCUUCCAGCGCCGGAAGCCUUGAAGAUUCUGAUUGAGAACGACCACGUGUUCCUCUUCUGGAAGAGUCUGGCAGUCCGAGAGAAGGACUUUGAUGAAAGCAGGGGAUAUGAAGUGCGUGUGUUCGACAGCGCGACUAACCAGACGUCAUACCUGGGAAACACCACAGAGACCUUCUUCCGCAUCGGCAGCCUUGUGGUCGGACACAACUACACGUUUUCGGUGGCGGCCCGAUGCCUGCUCAGCGGCCAGCUGUGUGGGGAACCUGCCAUGCUGCUCUACAACCAGCUGACAGGGACCAGCGAUGCCUCCCGUAGUGAGGCCCAUUCAGGGGACGUGGCGGCGGUGGUGGUUCCAGUCCUCUUCCUGCUGCUGCUGGGGGUGUGUGGCGGUUUGGUGGCGCUCUACCUGCGACACCGCCGCUUACAAAACAGCUUCACUGCCUUCACCAACUCCCACUACAACUCCCGCCUGGGCUCGGCCAUCUUCUCUUCCGGGGAUGAACUGGGUGAUGAUGAUGAGGACGCCCCCAUGAUCAGCGGUUUCUCUGAUGAUGUACCCAUGGUCAUUGCAUAGCAAGACACCCCUGUUACUCUCUUCUUCCUGCUUCUGCUCCCUGAGUCCCCUUCACUCCUCAUUAGUGGCGCGCUACGAUGGAGCGCAGAGCAGGAAACUGCUGCCAUUUCAAAUCCAUCGAUGGGAAUUCACCUCUGAUUAGCAGGAAAAUAUGAAGAAAAAUGGAUAGGCAUAAAAAGAGAGAUAUUUUUCAACAAUACAAUGCACUUUUUUUGGAUGUGCAAUAACUUAUUUUUUUAUAAUGUUGAAUAUGGGUCAAAAAAAAAGGACUGGAAAGAGUCCUAGGAAGUAAACUGUGAAAGAUUUGAGUUUGUCCAGCACGCCAGGGAAAGAAAGACCCUGUUUGAAAUGCAAACUCUCUGUCCAUUGGAGCUGGUCAUUGCUUAAAGCCAAAAGAAGCAUCUAAACUGGAAUAUAAAAAUGCAAAAUAAAAAAAAAAAACAACACAUAUAUACACACAGAAAAAAAUACAAAUAUAUA